GCAAUGGAGAAAAUGGAAGUAGGGGCAAAGAGUACCAACCCAUGAGAGACCAACCCAUGAAGAACUAUCGUUCGUAUGCGGAAGUACUUACAGGCAAAGGUACUCAGCAACCAAAGAAAGGAAACGAACUAAUGGGCCUUCAAAAGAUUUGGGUAGCAAAAAAGAAGCAGACAUGGAAGGAGAUGGAAUUCAAUCUGAGGAGAAAAGAUUGGGAGUGGCUAGAAAAGUGCUAUGUGGGAACUCCAAGAUCAAUGGGUUUAGCACCAAUAAUCCAAGAAAGACUAUACAUGGAAGGAAUGUUCUCCAAUAAAACUAGAUCAAUGGGAGGCAAGCUUGUAUUAUUAGACGGUGAAGACAAAGGAACUAAAGGAGAUUGUAGGGAUGCUAAAGAAUGGUUAAACCAAUGGUUUGUUGAAGUUAAACCAUGGAAUCCUACUAUGGUAGUAAUUGAAAGAUUGGUGUGGCUCAAGUACUUUGGUGUUCCACUACACGUAUGGGGUUUGGAGUUUUUUGCAUCCAUAGCAAUGCAUGGAGGAAGAAUUAAGCAAAGGGGCCUCUCAUUAAAAUCAGAGUAUGUUCUGAAAUCCCAAUAUUUUUCUGAUGAAGGAAAAGAUGAAUCAGGAGAUUUGGAUUGGGUGAAGGAAAGCAUUCUCAGGUCCAACAGCCAUGGCUUCCAAUGUGAAAGAGAAGGACCAACCAAGCCUAGUGAAGAAGAAGAUGAUGACAUAGCUUAUAACCAUUGGCAGGUUGGUGGUCAAAAGGAAGGAUUUUUCAAAUUGGAUGGCAACAGAGGAGAGAAGUCAACAAAUAGCCCUAUGAAUGGAGAAUGGAGAACAUUAGACAAAAGAAGGGAAAAGAGUGUGCAUGAAGAAUUUAAUGAAGUUAUUGGAGAUUGUGUAAAGGAGCCGAAAAUUGGAAACCAUAGCAACAUUGAAAAAUGUGAUCAAUAGUUGGAGAUCCAAAGUCAUGGCAACAUUGAAAAAGGUGUCCAAUUGCUGGACAAAUACAGACUCAUAAGGGCU